UCUAGCAAUGGAAUUAAAGAUUUUCAUAACGUUCUUAUUAUUGUUGCUGUUAUUUUUAUUUUCUAUUUUUCUUCUUUUUGGAGGUAAGAAAUAUCCAGAUCGACUUCCACCCGGUUCUUUGGGAUUACCGGUAAUAGGGCAAAGUCUCGACCUUUUGAAGGCCUUGAAAGCCGAUAAGGUCGAUAAAUGGUUUCAAGAAGGAAUAACAAAACACGGGCCUAUUUGGAAAGCCAGUCUUUUUGGAUACCCGACAGUUGUUUUACAUGGUCCAACUGCAAAUAAGUUCAUCUACACUUGUGAUGGAAACAUACUCACCAACUCACAACCACCAUCAAUUAGUAGAAUCAUGGGUUCAAAUAAUUUAUUCGAGUUGGCUGGCCAUGAUCAUAAACGAGUCAGGGCAGCCGUUGCGUUGUUUCUAAAGCUAGAAGUGUUGAAACAAUAUGUUAUGAAAGUAGAUGAAGAAAUCCAACAUCACCUUCAAAUGCAUUGGCAUGGUAACCAUGAGAUUCAGGUGCAACCGCUGAUAAAGACCUUAACCUUCAAUGUAAUUUGCUCACUUCUAUUUGGGAUCGAAAGAGGGCCUAGAAGAGACAAACUCCUACCACAUUUCCAAGACAUGAUCGAAGGUAUACUAGCAAUCCCAAUCAAUUUGCCAUUCACUCAAUUCAAUCGUGGGAUUUUAGCAAGAAAGAACCUAGUACCUAUGUUGAUAGAUCUUAUACGUGAGAAAAGGGAAGCACUUGAAGAACAAAAACAACAUGCUAAUCCUCAUAAAGAUCUCAUCACUUCGUUGCUUAGUAUUCGUAAUGAUGAUGGCUCAACAACGAUGUCCGAUGAGGAGAUCAUUGACAACAUCAUCCUCGUGAUGAUUGCAGGAUAUGAUACAACCUCAAUCCUCCUUACAUUUUUGGUUAGACUUUUGGCUAACAACGAAUCCGUCUACUCAACUAUAGUUCGUGAGCAAGAAGAAAUUGCCAAGAGUAAAGCACCAGGGGAAGCUUUGACAUGGGAAGACCUUACCAAGAUGAAGUACACAUGGAGAGUUGCAUCCGAGAUGUUGAGGAUAAACUCUCCAGUGAUUUUAAGCUUCCGGCGAGCUACACAAGAUAUUGAGUAUGGAGGAUUUAUAAUUCCUAAAGGAUGGCAAGUGGUGUUGUCUUCGUCAAUGACACACAUGAACAAUGACAUUUUUGAAAACCCGACCAUGUUUGAUCCAACACGUUUUGAGAAGCAUUCACCACAACCACCACCUUUUAGUUUUGUGCCUUUUGGAGGAGGGCCAAGAAUGUGUCCUGGUAUUGAGCUUGCAAAAAUGGAAACUUUAGUCAUGAUGCAUCGAUUGGUGACACAGUUUACUUGGGAGCUUAUUAAGAAAGAUGAAUCGUUCAAGAGAAAUCCAAUGCCAGAAUUCGAUCAAGGAUUGUUCGUUAGGAUCACACCCAUAAAAAGCAACAUUUAUGUCAUCUAAAGGAUCAUUGUAGGGAAGAUUUGGUGUAAUAUGUUACUAAGAUUAAAUGGAUAUGUCAAA